AAUGCCCACGAGCUGUUUGUAGGUUUUAUUCAACCCUCAUAAUUCAAGCACUGACAAAAUGUUCCAUACAGUUAACCAUUCUCUUGGCUUUGCCCUCCUGCACAGAACAUGCUUGCCGCUCUAUAUGUUGCAGAAAUCUGCAUUUCCUUUCAUCCGAGGAUAAAAGAAUUGAAAUAAGAGCACUAAUGAUAACCUUUCAUGUUAAACAGGAUGCGUAGCUUUACUGCAGAGACAGAAAUGCAUUUCCUGCCCUCCUCACUGUGUAGUAAUGGCAAGGUACAGCAGAGCGUGUGGGAUUAUAAGUGAGCACUUGCUGCAGACUCCGAUUUCAAGCUCCUGGGAACAGAGCCCAAACCUCUGAUUAAAGUGGGACCCCGCCAUCUUCCUUCCCACCAGGCCUCUGCGUAAGUGACACCUUCUCAGGGACUCCAUCACAGUCUCAUUAAGAACAACGGGCAAUUUUGAUGGAAAGAUGCAGGUUGCUCAACACAGUGAGGCAUCAGGUUUUUAGGUGGGGAGGGAGAAGGAUUGGAAAUGUGUUUCGAUGAGGAAAGGCAACAAUUAUAAUAGCAGGUUUGGGAUCUGCAGGCUUCAUUUUCUGUGCUGACAGUAAGUGCUGCAUUUGUAAAGAGGCCCGGGUGAAGCCUCUUAGUUUAUAAUAGGCCUCCUCACAUAAAAAGCAGCAGCGUCAACUGCAGCUAUUUUGUGGAGCAAUUAAUUAUUCCUCCGAAUCAGAUGACAACCGUGAGCAGUAUCAUUAGCACCUUGAUCCCCAGCUUUACAAGACAGAAAUAAUAAUUCCUCGUGUCACAUGUGAAAUUAGCCCAACUCCUCCUGCUGCUGUUUUUCUUUCUCCUCAGCUGUGUAAAGGACCUUCUGUCACAAAACAGACUUCACACAAGUUGUCCCCUUGGGGACUGAGGCAAUGUGUCACCGUGACCUUCUGCAAGGUCUCGCCUACAUAAGAUGUGGCCGCUUCUGAUCUGAUGAGGGAAACUGUUAAGAGCACCACCAUCCCAAGAACGGGCACCAAGAGCUACAGGCAUAGGGAAGGGCAGUUUAGGGUUGUUGCUUUUAAAAGACUCUGUGAAAUCAUGGCCCUAGAAAAGACAGCUGCUAGGCUCUCAUUGGAUUCUAUUCAGUAAUUUUGGGUGUGUGCUAAAUUUGUAGUUAUAUACCUCAAAAAAGGUGAACAUAUAACAUCGCAGUACCAAAUUUAAAUAGCACAGGAUCCAUACAGUCAUCUUCUUAUGAUAGCAUAAGAUCAAACGAUCUAGAGCAGGCAUGUCCAACUUUCAAGAGACUGUGAUCUACUCCCACUAUUAAAAAACUGGCAGUGAUCUACCCGUUGGAUUGACUAAAGUUCUUGAGCCAAAGUUGCUGAGCUGGGAGCACAAGUGUCCAUGUGUUUGCUAGUGCUUUCCCAUCACAAUCAGUGUGCUUUUCUAGAAGUGUGAACAAUGUUACGUGUAGUUUGAAGACUUCCAGGGUGGAGCGUUUACCAAUGAGAAGAAUGCAAAACUUAGCUUUUGUACAUACAAGGGUCUGCACAUCAGAGUACAGUAUUAAUUUUAGGGCAUUGACCGACGGGCAGUAAAACAGUUCAAGAAGCAAUGCAUUAAUUCUGGCUGGAAGCACCCAGAUUAUGGGCGUGCAAAGGGUCUGUGCUUCCUUCUGGCCCAGAAAUUUGGUCAGUAUCCUUAACUAAGGUUGUCAGAUCGACCUUUGCACAUAAAAGUGGCCUCUUAAUUGAAGAAAAAAUAGAGUUUAAUAUUAAGGCACGUAGCCUUCUCUUAAUAAGCGGAACUGCAGAAGAAGAAAAAAGUCCUCCCCAGCUGCUUGACUUUUCUUUGCAUUUUUUAUUUUUACUAACUCCUGUUUAACACACACACACACACACACACACACACACACACACACACACUAUACAGUAUACCUUUUGACCUGUGGGUUAACAGGCUCACAUGCCAGCAUUAUCUCACAUUUAGCAUAAGCUCAUAAAUGCUUUGCUAAGCUGCGUGACUAAGAGCAAGCAUCUCAAAGAAUCAAUGUUCAUUGAUGUCAUCCUGGGGACACCAGUUGCUCUGCUUGCGUACAUAGCCUGCCGUUGAUCCUCUGUAAUUGUCAUCACAUCGGCGCUUGCAUCAGGUCUGGCGCAAUUUGACGGCAGUGGGGAAUUUAACACCAGAAGGCAGAGCUUUCGUAAUCCCUGCAAAUGCCCCCACACCUAAAAUCCAUUUGCGUUGGUGACUUGGCAUUGCUGUCUUGCCACCGAGGGCUGGGCUGGCAGCUUAUAAACGCAGCAUUAAGGGCCACAGCAUUUCAGAUUCACAGGCGGUUCAGAGAGCUACACACACCAGCAGCCUCUCAACAGCUAGCUAGUGAAGCGCCCACGCAGCAACUUGGCCUCAGCCUAUCAAAUGGUUUUUAAAUGACUGAAAGGCCAAAGUGGUGACAAGAGAGAGAGAGGGGGAACUUGUUUGCCAUUUCAAAGUUUGCAAAAGUGCUGAGAUGGAGCAAAGAGAUUCGAAAAUGCACCCAGCAGCCAGCCUUCUGAAAGAUCGUACAAUGUUUUGCCACAAUGAAAAGACAACUGAUGCAGGGCAAUGCUAUCUUUCAAGGAGUCGGUCUUGGCGGCGGAGGCGGUCAAAUAGUUUCACCAUCUGCACCUUGCCAAGCAUCCCGGAAUAUCCAGGCUUCCAGGAUGUUAAGAAUAAUUAUUCCAGAGGUUCCAACUCUUGCUUCACACUGCUGGAUCUGGGAAGAACAAGAUUUGAAAACCCACCAAACAGAAGCUCUGAGGGUCAAGCCAGAAACCUGGGCAACUCGGCAGUCCACUUCGCUAAAGGGCACAGUAAAACCAAAAGCAGUGUUUGUGACCAAUCUUUGCAAGAUUAUUUCAGUGAGAGACUUCUGAAGCUUAGAAACUAUGAAACAAAAACAUCAAACGGGAAGGUAAAAGUCUAUCUUAAUGAGAACCAGAACCCCAGCUACACCAGCAAGGGACUAAGGCGGAGAAGCACCUGUAGUGCCAUGAUACAGGCGAACCACAUGAAAUUGAUAGAAAAAUCCAGUGAGUCAGUGGAUCCAGUCAAUGAAUACAUAGCAAUUUGCAGCAACGACCACGGCGACACUCAGAAUAUUGAAGAUUGCUCUCAGAGAAGGAGCUACUUAGAAAGUUUGACUUUGAGCAUCAAUGGUCCCCUAGAAAUGCUUGUGCGAAGGACAUAAUUUUGAAUCAUUCAAGCGGAUAUUAUAAUGAACAAUUUUCCACUACCUUUCAAUAAAGGCACAAUGACAUUUCUUAUGCUACAUGAUAGAUACAUUAUUUGGACCUUGAGCCAAUUGUACAGCUUCCGAUGAUCAGGUGGGAAUAUUUAUAUUGCAGUCUGGAAUAGUAUAUAUAGGAUUGGCUCAAAACUUAGUCAUGCUUGGCAUAAGCCCAAUGAAGUCAUUCUUUUUCACUGGAUCUGCUCUACACAUGACUAGCCAAGUCAACUAAAAAAUAAGUCCUAUUGAAUUCAAUGGGGCUUAUUCCCAGAUAAGAAGGGUUAGGAUUGUUAUGUGCAGCAUUUAUGUG